AUGAACACGAGUGGCAGAUCACACAUUAUUUCGUUGUUGAAGGAGCAAACUGAUGCCAUUAAUCAAAAGAAAUCGAUUAAAUUGAAUUCAUUAAAUGUCAGUGUAAAACCGUCAGAGGUUGUUGAGAUCAUAUAUGAGUUCUUGAAUAGCUUUGAUCCGCCAUUGGAAUUGGAGAAAUUAUCACUACAAAACAACCAGUUUAUCGAAUUACCGUCUAACUUUCACAGAAUUACUUCACGUUUGAAAUAUCUUGACUUGCACCAAAAUUUGAUUUCCUACAUCCCACAUGACUUUUUUGAAAAAUUUCCAUGUCUAGAGAUAUUGGACUUGGCGUCGAACAGACUAGAAACAUUACCCGAAUCAUUAUCCUGGGUAUAUACGUUAAAGGUGGUGUCAAUUAAAGAUAACAAUUUCAAGUACUUGCCACCACAACUAGGCGAAUUGCCAAAUUUGAAUUUGAUUGAAGUUACGGGUAAUCCAUUAAUUCUUCCGUCAAAUGAGAUCAUACGUGCAUUUCAGAAACAAAAACCUGAUUUGGAUUGGGUUGGAGAGUUGAAGAAUUAUUUGGUCGUCAACCGAGUUUUGCUCCAUCUGAAAAUUGAAGAGUCAACCAUUUCAUCUGCUUCAUCUUCCACUAUUGUUAGCACUGAUGAAAUUUCCCUGCACCAUACAACUACAACAACAGCAAGUACCAGUACUCCUCCAAGUAUAAGAAGGGCUCAAACUACCAACGAUGUUCUAGUUUCAAGAAAUAAAUCGUCAACCAUUUCGGCAGGUUCUGCAAAUACAGCAGCAACCUCACCAUUACCACCACAGUCAUCUUCGUCAACAGCUUCCUCAAAGGCAUCACGUAGAAUGGGUUUAAUCAUCAAAAAGUCAGAUGAAGGAGGAGUCCAGUCAAAAGAAGGGUUACUUAAUGGCGUGAAUUAUUCUGAAAGGGUCCCCAAUGAUGGAAUUCAUCACGCUUCAGAAUUAAACAGUUCGGAUGCACAGCUUUCUUCACUUCCAUCGACAGUGCCAACUACUACCAUAUCAACAGCGUCUAUACCUGGUAACAAAUCCACAAGUGUGAAACAACCAACUUCUACCGUAGCAACUCCAUCCAAUACUUCCCGUUCGAGAUCAAACACACUCCGGGAAAUCGACCGAAUGUUAGAAAAGACGGAAAGUGUCGACACCGAGCAUAAGUCAAAUGCAUACUUCAAACGUUUAUCCACAUUACAAGAAAUCCCAGCUGAUGAACCUAGUCACCAUACUGACUCGCAAAAGCUUACUUUAGAUCCUAAACAGAUACAAACAGCGCGAUCAAGCUCAAAUGUACCUAGCCCUAGCGAAGGCUCACCUACCAAGUCUCAUAAUCAACAUUCUACAAAGAUUCAUUCCCAUCCAACUAUAAUCAAAGUGUCCAGAAAGAUUCUUUUCUCAUUCAGCGAAUUGCACUCGUCAAUUCGGAGAUUUACAUCAUUUUGUACAGACAAGAAGGUAACAAUGAAGAUGGUUUCGUUUCUUUAUAGUACAAAAUCUAACAUAGAUUCUUUGGUCGAGAAUCUUGAAUUAAUGGAAGAAUCAGGUAAUAAUUCUGAACAGAUUGCACAAGCAUUACAUAGUUGCAUUGGAUCAUUCAGAUCAAUCAUGAAACUACUUCACGAAAAUAUCAGCGUAUUUGUCACGAAUAUCGAUGUUUGUUUUAUCAGAAUGGUUUAUCUUUCACUUUACGGAUCUUUCAAUGAGUUGCAAAAUGCCUAUUUAAUUCUAGUUGUAAAGCCAAACGUCAAGACACCUACAGAUGCAAAACAGAAGCUUUCAAUUAACACAUCAGUCAAGGAUUCUUUUGAAGAAGUUGACGAAAAGCUAUACAACGCUAUUGAAUCAGCUACUUCGAGCACACAAGCCAUUUUUUCCGAGUUGAAUAAAGCGAUCAACAAGGGGGCAACUACUGCAAACGAUGGAGCCAUUCAUCCAAGUGUUGCAUCAAAGAUUAAGGAGUUGACGAAUUGUUGUUCCUCAACAUUAGAAGUUAUAAAAAGGUUGAAUACCAAACUUAUAACCAUCAGUAAUAAUCCGUCGAUAACAACUAAGAAAUUGUUUGCUGAAGAUAUCAAUCAAUUUAUUAAAAAUAUGGUCAGCACACUUGCAGCCGUAAAGGCUAUUGUUAAAGAUAUCGACAUUCUUGACGAUAUCCGUGCAUCGAUGUCCAAUUUGACAAAGAUAGCUAAAGAGGUCACCUAUUUGUUAGAGCUUUCUUCUUACAAAUCAUUAUUGCCAGAUUCAUCAUCCAAUGCGAAUCCUCAACAACCUCAGCUUAUGUCAAUUCCUAGUGUAUCGAACUUAUUCACUCCUGUUGCGGCACAUGCCCCAUCAUUACCGAUUAGUGCCCAAACAAGCAUUCGUAACCCAAUGGGUAGCAGCACUAGUUCAUUCACACUGCCCCCGAAUGCAAAUUCUAGUGCCAAUAUAAACGCACUAGAUAAUACUGUUGGUAAUGGAGCAAUAAGUACCGGCCCGUUGACGGCGCCUCAAUCGAGUGGCCAGAUGUAUGCUAAAAAUGGUAUUAAUCCAUUCGAUGGGUUAAUCAUGGCCAAAAACAACGAGAACCAUUAG